AUGUCGCGUGAAGUGAUCGCAGAGCUCGAGCGCAAGUACAGUAAAGCUACUCCGGUCCGUGACGGCGUGGUGAAGGUGCCCCCCAAGGAGGCUGAUGUCUGCGGCGUGUCCAGCCCCGAGCAGCACACAAUUCAUAUUGCAACGCCGCCAAAAGAACCCGCGGGCACUGACGCAGAUGAACCUGUAGACAAGGCCGCCAUCAUGGCGAAGCUGGCGUCGAACUGUCCAAACAUGUCACCUGCAUUCAGGUUGAUAGCAGACGCCAAGCUUUGCCUGAAGGGCAACAACCAGAGCCCCGACGCGCUUCACCGUCGUGGAGUGUAG